AUGGGCCACCGAGUGCCUCUCGAUGACUCCCCCUUGAGGAAGAGUGGCCAAUCGGGCGUGGCCUGGUGGGGGGAGGUUACAUCUUGGUGGGGGAUUGAAUUCCUUUGUUGGUUGUCCCACCGAAGACUAGUCAGUAUAAAAGACGAAGCUGAACAUCGAUUGAACAUCAGUUUUCCCAGUGAAGCAGAACAAACCCCAAAAACAAUCAAAAUGAUGACCAAGUGCCUCAUCCUCUUCUUCGCCUUCGUGGCCGUCUGCUCAGCCGGUGCGAUCGUUCCAGCGGCAGUACCUGCAGCACUCACAGUAGGCACAUAUGCGAGUAGUUACAAUGCACAUUCAGUAAAUCACGCAUACGCAGCUCCAUACGUAGCAGCCCCAGCAGUUGCAGCCCCAGCUCUGGCCUAUUCGUCCUAUGGAUAUGCCCCUGCUGCCUACUCAGCCUACCCCUUCGCUGCCCCCAUCAUCGCUGCUCGUCGUUAAAAAUCAUCGAAAUAUUUUAAUGGACCUUAAUUGCCCAUCAGUCCAGUCGACUUCGGUUCUGGGAGGACUAUCCUGUAAUCGUGGGAGGAUGACGAUUAAGAAGAUAUCAAUGUCAAUCCACCGAGGAUCGAGGGACUGAUUUACCAACCGGGCAAUUUGUCGAUAGAUCAUAUAAUCGUGGUCCAACAACUGGCUGAGCGAUGGUGCCACAAGCACUUGAUCUCACGCACACUUUCACUGGCAAAAUACUAAAUUUUUUUUCUGGAAUUUUUUUUGAAUAAAAUCGAUUGUUCA